UUGCAGGCUUGUCCAAACAAACAGGAGUAACAGAGUGCUCACAAGAGGAAUGCAUUUCUGCACCUGAUUUGAAGACUUUUCUUGAAAGGAAAAUGUCAAGUCAAAAGCAAUCUUUUCAUUCUGGAGGAAUUUCAAGAAGUAAAUCAGAAGGGACACUGAUUGAUUUUGAUGAUGAAAGCUCUACAACUUAUAAACAAGGCAAUAAUGUGCAUUCACAAGACCUGCUUAUUGACUGGGCCGAUGUGUUUAAUGACCAACAGAAAAAGCCAUCAAAACCUACAAAUCCCUUUUGGAAUGGCCUGUCUAAAUCUAACCCUUUUCUUGAUGAUGUGGUUCAAGCCAACACAUUUUCAAAUACUAAGCAUGUGUCCAUAUUGAAGGAAGAUCCCUUUAUGUUGUUCAGAGAUUCGGGAAACAGAAAUUCAUUAGCUUCCUCAGGGGAUGAACUUGAUAUUGAUUUCCUCCUAAGGAAGGCAACUAUGAGAAGAUCUGGCAGAUCCAAGAGUGUGUCUGACUUGUGCAUUUUAAGCGACAAAGAAUCUGAUGAUCAGAACAUUACAACACAAAUCUUAGCUCCUGAUCUAGAGUGGCUUCAGAAUGACCGUGAAGCAUAUAAAAUGGCAUGGUUGAGUCAUCGACAGCUAACACGAUCUUGCCUUGAUUUGGAUAUCAUGAGCCAAAGCCCAGGGUGGGCACAAACACAAGCAACAGAUGCUCACAUAGUAUGUAAAAUAGAUAAUCAAGGUGGCUCUGUGCAGCUUCCCAACUCGGACAUAAGUAUUCAUGUUCCUGAAGGCCACGUAGUUCAUGGGGAAUAUCAAGACAUUGCCUUAAAAGCUAUUCUUGACCCACCUAUUUUGCUUAACAAUAAACAUUCAACUACUGUUAGUCCUCUGCUAGAAAUCUCACUAAGCAACAUCAAUACCGUAGAAGCUCUCUUAUUGGAAAUGAAAAUUGCAGUUGAGCGAAAGAAUGAUCCACUUAGCCAAGUAAUGACUGAGAUUGCAACCUUUUACAGCUACAACAAAGAUGGUCCAUUUGAAAAGCUACAAGAUGGCUACAUAUACAACAACACUCUGCAAGUUAAGUUGCCAAUUCUCAGUCGCAUUACAUAUGUGGUAGCUGCUGCACAGGCCAGAGCUAUUCAGCAUCCAGCCACCAGCGUACAUGACUACAUUCAUAAAUAUAUCACUGUGGCAAUUUAUGGACCAAAGCACAUACAUCCAGCUUUCACUACUGUGUUAACUGUUACGGGACACAAUUAUACUCCAGAAAAACUUACAGUGGACGAUAUCAAAAAGAAUGGGAAGCAAAUGCCACCAGUGGUUUUUCAGCUCUGGGGAAAACAUCAGUUGAUAUUCGAUCACAUUCAGCAUUUGUCUGUUCAUUUUGCAACAAAUGAUUCUACAUAUAAUUUGAAAAAUGUGAGUAACUGGAAUAAGAUCACAGAAGACCAACUAAUGUCGGGUAAAAUGAUUCGUAUGCAGUUUCCUUUUUCACUUAAUGGCAGUGGAGAUAUUCACUCGUUCGAUUUAAUAGUUCAAAUUAUGGAUCAUCGGCAUUCAUCGCUGCUAAAUGAAUUUCAUGUAAAAACUCCAAAUCCUGCCCCAAAAAUAAACUGUGCUUUUAAAAAUCAAAAUCGCCUACAGAAACGGAAAGAAAUUAUGUCUACUCCCCAGUUAUCUAUAAAUAAUAUCAAAUAUCCCAAGUUUCAGGACAAGACAAUAAGAUUGACCAACUUUGCCGUGACUUUGAAAUCUGUUUUGCGCCAACAAAAGAUUGACUACCUGCUUGAAUACUUUAAAGGAGACACGAUAGCCCUUCUUGGAGAAGAUAAAGUAAAAGCCAUAGGUCAGACUAAAAUUAAGGAGUGGUAUGUGGGAGUCCUGCGAGGAAAGAUUGGCCUUGUACAUUGCAAAAAUGUUAAAGUUAUUUCCAAAGAGCAAGUCAUUGAUUCUUCAGAAUUACACUUUACAACCGACAUGCUUUUAGAACAAAUUACAUUGCCAUUUAAGAAACUGACAUAUAUUUAUUCAUCAAUACUUUCAAAUGUCUCUGAAAAGGUCUACGAUUGGAGAUGUUUGGCUAAUGUACUAGGGUACUCACAUUUGUCAUUGGACGAUCUAUGUCUUGAAAGGACCAGUAAGGAACCUGACAGAGUUUCUUCGGUGGUCAAAAGGUUAAAAGAAGAUUGCCAUGCGGAUUCAAAAAAUAGAAAAUUUCACUAUGAGCUCAUUAUGGGUCUUGUGAAAAUGGACUGUCAGGGAUUAGUAGCUCGUUUAACACAAGACACGGUCAUUUUGACAGCUGCGGUGCAGCUGGGUGUUCGAUGGAGGGAGUUAGCUGAGAAGUUAGCAAGACUUACUAAACAACAAAUUGAAGCUUAUGAAAUCCCCCAUCAAGGAAAAUCUGGAGAAGUCAGUUUACAGAUGAUGUGGAAACCAGCCUUUGACUUUCUGUUUACUUGGGCUGCCCACUAUGGAGAAAGUUACCGUGAUGUCCUGCAAGACUUGCACUGUGAAUUAGACAAAAUGAAAUAUCCAGUAACCAGACCGUGGAGGGAACUGACCGGAGCCCUGAUUUUUGUGAACUGUUUAGAGGUUUUCCGAAUAAACGCUUUUUCUACAUUUGAAGAGUAAAGUGCUUUCCUUGGGAUGCUUUGCUCGAGAUGCGAUGUGUACCUGCGAUGCAGAUACGACAGUGGGACACUGUAAAGGAUAGAGAGACUGGUUUGUACCUUGUGCAAUAUGAAUAUUAAAUACAUAGCACAAAUAUGGUGUACGUAUCAAUACAUUUUAGUUUAAACUUCUAUGCCAAGUGUUACAGAGGUGUACACUGCUAUGCAAAAAAGGUAGUAGUAUAGCCAAUGGCUAUGCACCCCACAAUCACCGGCUUUGAUCCCAAAAAUAGUAUACUAUACUUGCUUUGUAAGAUGGGAUAACAAUCUGGGAAUCGGGGGCUGACAUUUCCACCGUACUUGGUAAGUGUGGAAUCUUCAAAAUCUUCAAAGAAACUGGCGUGUUUCAAAGGCAAGCAAAUAUUUUUGUUAAUAAAAUUUCCAAAAAAAAUUCAGCACAAGGUAUCUGUAAGGCACAGGAAUUGGAAAGCUAAGAAAAGGUAAAUGAAUUGUGUAUUCAGUUGACUCCUUCCACUUACUCUUAUAAGUGAUGGUCUUCGUUUGUUUCAUAAACACAACUUUAAUUGGUGUAUUCUUAAUGCACUUCUGAAAGGUCAUUACAAAAUAACAAGCAACAAAUAAAUUACAAUGCCUUAAUUAGAAAGCAGUGUGUAUAUUGCAACUGCUUCAUGUAUGAAUGUUUCAGAGAUUUGCAAGUCAAUAACAAAAAAUAUAAAAAAGGAAUCGGAAAUCUUAUUGUUAAUUACCUCAAGGGGACAUUUAUCAAACGGGGAUUGUAUUGCAUUUACAAUUUAUUUGAAAUAUAUAGACCAAAUGAGUUUAUUGCUUUGUGUAUUUUUUUUUUUUAAAUCUGCAUUUUAGAGCUAGAAGUGUUUAAAUUCUAUCAUUGGUUAGGUUGUGUUAAUGUUGGUCUACAUCAGGGGUGCCCAAAAGGUAAAUCCCCAGAUGUUUUAGAAC